GGAAGGAGAUCAGACUUUCUUUCAUUGACCUAUCAACCUGUCUAAGCCAUGAAUAGAUUUACGAAAGCUGAGCCCAGUAAGGGAAUCACCAGGCGGUUCAGCGAUGAUGUCGUGAAUUCCACGCCAGCAGAACCCCUCGGUCGCGCUCUGGCGGCCAAGGUGGCGUUUGACAGAAACCGAGAACGAUUGAGGUCGUCGCGAGAUGAAUGGGACCAACUUUUGUUAGAGGGAAGGGAACUGGCGAAUGGCUGUGUUCCAGACGAAGAAGCGGUUUUGUUUGAACAGAGCCGGAGGCUUUAUGCGGCAUGGGACAAAUUUCGACGCGAUCUCCCCAAAGACCAGCAGAUGCAACUCGAGGGACGCGACCGGCCAGACAUCAGUUACCUCGUGGCUACCGUCAAUAAAGCCUCGGCGACCUGGCAGUCGGAUCGUGAAGAAAGCAAGUUGGGAAAGCUCAAAUCCAAAUUUCACAGCCUUUGCGAGACAUGCCACGACCACAGCUCACUGCUCGCAAUCGUUCCAAAAGACGACAAGUAUGUCACUCUACUAACGGGGUCCCUCUCAGCCAUCGCUCAGGCGACCAUUAACCACCAGAAUAUCGCUGAGGGGGUAGCCGAUACGCUCGACGAUCUAAGCCAUGAUAUUGAUUUCUGGAACCGGCAAAUGAUGGAGCACGGAAGUAUUCCAUCCCUUCGUCAAUAUAUUCAGGAACUUUAUGUCAUUGUCUUUGAGUUCUUCACCGAGGUCUUCAACAAAUGGUCCAAGUCUGGCUGGAAACGUUUCCUCACCAGCUUCGAUGACGGUGCAUUCAACAAACUUUUCACUGCGAAGAAAGGUCGAAUGUUGGCUAUCGAACGUCGCAUGGAACGCCACGUCAGCCUCGACUUUCGACACCGCACCACUGAGUCUUUGGAGAUGGUGAUUCAGAAUCAAAAGGAACUCUUGUAUCGUUUACCGAACCAACUAAAUGAGCAAAGAUUAUUCCUCGGCGAGUCCCUCCAACAGUUGCUAGAACAACAACAACUUUUCAUUAUGGAACGACCCCAGCCAGCCUUGGUCACAAGCAUGAUUGAAGGAACAGCGGAAGAAUGCUCUGAUGCGGCAGUCAGUGAUGCCAAUGAACCACCAUUCCCAGAACUGGAGGCUCGCUCGUGCCCGAAAGCGCAUUACAGGUACAACCGCGCAGAGAUCCAGGCAGAGCUAACCAACUUCACCACUCAAUGGAAGAAUCAGGUCGAGCAUCUAACAGAGGCUGUCACGCAGUCAUCACUUCUCCAAAUUGAUAGGCAUGUGCACCAUCGCCUGCAAACGUGGCUGCGAGAUCUUAGCUCAAGCAAUUUCUGGAUUCAAGGCCCUCAUGACGUCUCACGACCGGGCCAAAAUUCCAUGACGGCGGUAUCUCUAACGGCACUGGCAUGGAACCAUAACAUCCCGUUUGUCGCUUAUUUUUGCACGUUCACAAAUCAUGACGCCUUAGGAACGUCCAAGAGAGCCUGCCUUGAGGCAUUCAUGGCCUCCAUUGUCACGCAACUCGUCCAACUAAUCCCAGAGAGGGGUUAUUCCCGGGCGGACCUAUCUCCUGCACGCUUCUCUGCCCUCGCGCAACGGACAUUAAAUGUGGCCGAGACGCUCCAGCUGGUCCGCGAUGUGCGUGAGCUAGGCCCGAGAUUGGUGCAUGUCUUUAUAGACAACCUUCAGGUAUUGGAAGACCGGUCCAACCAAGCUUACACCAGAGACUUUCUCAGCGCUAUAGCGGCAUUAUGUCGCCUGAACGGUGGGAACCGGCUCCCAGAGAGUGCUGCCGCACCGGAUACGAGUGAGUUGGUCUUCGGAACCAAGAUUUGCUUCACUACGGAGGGAUACGUGGAUGGUCUGGCGCAGGCUGUAGAGCUACAGUUACUUGAUAAGGUUGAAUUUGAUCUGGAAACAACUGAGCCUAUUUCGAUGGAGGUUGGUGAAAGACUUGAAUGGGAUUCAUGAGAAGAGAGGCCAAUCUUGUAUGCCCCGUAGAUUAUUGCUGCUGGUUACAAAGGAGCAAGGCUUAAGCAACAGUCGAAAUUAGCCAUUCAGCAAUCCAAAUAGGGCUAUAUUAGCGUGAG